AUGUUUAGAAAGUUAUCUACGGGAAUAAUAUCGAAACGGUGUCUACAUGGCACAACGAGGAAAUUUGCUGGAGCCGAGGCUUUUAGCAAUAAGUUCAAUUUCAAUUUGAACCCACCACAGGUUCACGAAUACUGGAAUAUUUACAACUCUAGUGUCUUGUUUGCCUUUGUGCCGGUGUUUUUGGGUAUCGCCUAUGUAGCCAAGUAUGUUGGUGUUAAUUUAGAAGGAAAUGCUGGGUUUUUGCAGUAUGCCAAUAGUGAAAGCUCGCCUUUAAAAUCAAUAAAAUUUGGAGAAACACAAAAGAGAAAACCCCUUGAUGAAUAG